GACUGUGCCGGUGGAGCAUGCACGCCAAGCUUUAAGUUUAGAUAAGACACAUGCACACAUGAGCCGGACUUGAGCCUGCAGGGGGAAAAACCACGCAGCAGCAGCAGCAGCAGCAGCAGCAGCUCGGACGAGAGGAAGUGCUCGGAGCGAGUGAUCUGCCGCGGAUCGUCCAAAGGGGCAGCGUUUCUUCCAGUUCCGGUUUUGUCUGUCUUGCGUGUGUGUGCGCGCGCCGUGUGCGGGUUGGGACCCCCAAACAAAAGGCUGCCAUCACCCCCAACGGAAAGAUCUUCCACCGCCGCCGCGCGUGUGUGUGUGUGUGUGUGCGUGUGUGUGUGUGUGCGUGCGUGCGUGCGAGGAAAAAGAGCCGAGCGUCAGACGCUCCGCUGGAUGCAAAACCAAACAUGAGCUCCUAUUUUGUCAACCCUCUGUUCUCCAAGUACAAAGGCGGCGAGUCUCUGGAGCCAACUUACUACGACUGCCGGUUCCCACAGAGCGUCGCCCGCAGCCACACGCUGGUCUACGGACCCGGAGCGGCCGCCCCGGGUUUCCAGCACCCGUCUCACCAUGUGCAGGACUUUUUCCACCACGGCACCGGCGGCAUCUCCAACCCGGGAUACCAGCAGAACCCAUGCGCCCUGGCGUGCCACGGCGACGCGGGAAAAUUUUACGGAUACGAAACCCUGCCGAGGCAAACGCUUUACGGUAGCCAGCAAGAGGCGAGCCUGGCGCAGUAUCCGGACUGUAAAUCGUCGGGAGGCACGAACCCUGGAGAAGGACAAGGCCACUUAAAUCAAAACUCCUCUCCCAGCCUUAUGUUCCCGUGGAUGAGACCCCACGCGCCAGGACGACGCAAUGGAAGGCAAACCUACAGCCGUUACCAGACCCUGGAACUGGAGAAGGAGUUCCUCUUCAACCCUUACCUGACCCGCAAGAGGAGGAUCGAGGUGUCGCACGCCCUGAGCCUCACCGAGCGCCAGGUGAAGAUCUGGUUCCAGAACCGCAGGAUGAAGUGGAAAAAGGAGAACAACAAGGACAAGUUUCCGGGUCAGAGGGGAGAGGCCGAGGCCGAGGAGGAGGGCAACGAGGACGGUGAAGGGGAAGAGGUGGAAGAGAAGGAAGCGGAAGAGAAAGAAGAGAGCAAGGAGUGAUUUUAUGGUCCUUUUUAUGGUUAUAUGGUCUGAAAAAGAGAAGGGGAGAAGAGAGAAAAAAAGGUCUCAUAAAACGAGCAGGAGUCACAAGAGCGUCUUUUUUUUAUGGCCACCCUUUCGUUUUGUCAAGUGGGAACAGGAAUCCCCAACAAUAUUCCCGUCAUCUAUAUGCACAUUUCUCCCGUUAUGACACCCCCCAAACACACUUAAAAAUGGAAGCAUUUGAUAUUAUAUAUUAGAGCUGCUGCCUUGGCAAAAAAACAAAACAAAAAGGGAAACAAAACGCAUGUUAGAUUGAGGGGGAAAAUAGACUAUAGCUAUAUUUGUUUUUGUUUGGACACAUUUGUUUUAAAUUGAACCCGCAGCUGUAAAUAUACAAAUAAUAAUAAUAAUAAUAAUAACACGUCUGUAAAAUCAAUGGGAGAUCUGAGUAUAGUUUGUACAACCACCCACUUCUGUUAUUAUAUUAUGAUUAUUAUUGUCCUUGUUACAGUUUUACUGUUUUUUUAAGCAGCCUCACACGUUUUAUUUUGGAGGACGACCAGGUAAUUACAAUCGUUUGAAAUUCUUUGAUGCUACCUAAACCUAGGGAUAAUUGCAAUAGAUAUUUCUGAAUAUAGGGAUUUCGUACGGUUUUUAUUUCAAAGUGUUACACCUAUUCGCACACACACACACACACACACACACACAUGCAUAAACACACACACACACACACACACUCGUGUACGCACGCCAAAAAAAGUGUUACUAUUAAGUUAUGUAUGUAGCAUUUACCCAACCAUGUACACUUGAUGACAUAUAUUUUUGCGUUUUGGGAAGACAAUUAGUUCCAAGCCAAGCAAUUAAGAGAUUGUUACCAUGAGGCACUACCUAAACUUCCGAGCCUUGCCUUUGCAGAAAUCCACGCAGGCACACCAUAGUGGGCAAACGGCUUUGAAUGAACGACAUUUCCCCAACAACUAAAACUGCCUAAUAACGCACAUUGACUGCGUGAACCUGCAACAAUUACAGCGAGUUUCCUUUUUUAUUUGAACGUGCUGGUGAUAUAGAGUAGAUGUUUUUAUUGUUGUUUUUUUUUUGCACUGAAUAUAACCUUUACGUACGUAUUGUUAUAUAUUGAUGUCAACAGUUAUGCUCGUUUCCUGGUGUUUCUCCUGUGAAAUACGACGUUGUGUCCUGCCAUUGUUGAUGUAAAGUCACAAAUAAAGAAGAUGGCUCACUA